AUGGCAUCCAACCAAUCUCGUCGCAUCGCCAAGGAACUCGCCGACAUACAUGCGGAUACCCAUUCCCAGAUCAUCGCCGUACCGGUGGGAAAUGACGACGACAUCACUCAUCUUCGGGGGUCUUUCCCAGGGCCCCCGGGAACACCAUACGAGGGCGGUACGUACGAGGUCGAUGUUCGGAUCCCGGCAGAGUAUCCGUUCCGUCCGCCGGUGAUGAAGUUCAUUACCAAAGUCUGGCACCCCAACAUCAGCAGUCAAACGGGUGCCAUCUGCCUGGACACCCUAUCGACAGCGUGGUCGCCGGUUCUGACCAUCAAGUCGGCGCUUCUCUCGCUGCAGUCGCUGCUGACGACGCCCGAACCGAAAGACCCCCAGGAUGCUGAAGUCGCCAACAUGAUGCUCACAAAACCGAAGGAAUUCGAGCGUGUGGCGCAGGAAUGGGCCGCCAAGUAUGCGGGGGCCCCGAGGAAACAAGCCGCGGAGGGUAGCGGAGGAGCUACCGACGAAUCGCUUCGUCGACAGGAGCUUCUAGCGAAGGAGGCGCAGGCGGCUGAGGAUCUGUCCAAAUAUGAUGGGUACAAUAAGGACCUGGUGGACCGGUUCUGCAGCAUGGGCUUUGAUGUGGAUCGCGUUGUUGCGGCGUUGCGAUUUUACGGGAUCGACCGGAUGGACGGAGAAGACUAUGCUCUUGAUGAUGCCGCUCUAGGUGAUAUCACAGCUCAUCUACUAGGAGAGCCAUGA